AUGAAAAGUCGAGCGAAAUUGAAUGCUGGGAGUAGUGAAGUAAAUAAGAAUAUAAAAGAGAGGCAAUCUACUUUUUCUAGAAAAAAACGUAACCUAGAUAAGAUUUUUGAUGUAAAACUGCAGAAAGUUGGAAUAGAAAGUAGAGAAAUUGGCUAUUUAUAUAAUGUGCAAUCUAGUGCCGAGUAUAUAUCAGAAGAAAAUAAUAUUUUGGGAGAUUUAGUGGAUACCAAUAACAAUGAAGAACUAAUAGAAUCCUUUGUUGAGCAUGCCUGUUUAUAUCUUUAUUUUGUAAACAAACGUGGUGAGACUUUCAAGAGCCCUUUUUUUUACAGGCCAUACUUUUUUUUAGAAACAGAUCUUAAUACUAAGAAGCAUUGGUUUAUUAACAACCUAGAGAAUAAAUAUAGAGACGAAGGCUUGGAAGCUGAUAUAGUAGAGAAAGACGAUCUAAACUUAUCAAACCACUUAAUUGGAGAAAAAAAGGAGCUUAUUAAAGUAUCUUUUAAUAAUGUAAAGAAUUUGGUUACUGUUAGAAAUGAGAUUUUACUCUUUAUAAAAGAAAAUAAAAAGAAGAAAAGUGAUAAUAAUCCACUAAGCACAGUAGCUAAACUAGAUGAUUUCAGUCUAAAUAUCAUUGAAAUAUAUGAAUAUGAUAUCUUGUAUUCAGUAAGAGUAUUAAUUGAUAAUAAUAUUUCUAUUGGAAUGUGGUAUGAGGUUAUUCGCUGGACAAAUGAGCUACUUGAACUAAAACUACUUGAGAAAGAUACGUCACAACCUGAUCUAAGGUGCUUGGCUUGGGAUAUAGAGACUACAAAAGAACCUUUAAAAUUUCCAAAUGUAGAAAUAGAUGAAAUAAUGAUGAUUUCAUGUGUAUUUGAAGGGCAAGGGUAUCUAAUAGUUAACAGGAAUAUUGUUUCAAGCGAUAUUAGCGACUUUGAAUACUCUCCAAAACCAGAAUUUACGGCUCCAUUUUCUUGUAUAAAUUGUGAAAAUGAGGAAACAUUGAUUAGAUAUUAUGUUAAGCUAGUACAGAAAUUGAGACCUCAUGUUAUUUCUUCAUAUAAUGGUGAUAAUUUUGACUUCCCAUUUUUAUUUGAAAGAGGCUUGAAAUAUGGUUUGGAUUUGACGGAACAAUGGGGAAUCAUAAGACAAGUAGAACAGAGUGGUGGUAGUGCCAUAGUUGGAAAUUCAAAGACAAACUUUCUUGGCACUAAUAUGCUUCAUUUGGACUGUUUUCGCUGGGUUGAACGCGAUUCAUAUCUCCCAUGUGGCUCAAGAAGUCUUAAGAGUGUUACAAAAGAUAAACUAAGAUAUAACCCCGUAGAGUUGGAUCCAGAGCUAAUGGUUCCAUAUGCUAGAGAAAAUCCAGAAGUAUUAGCUGAAUAUUCAGUAUCUGAUGCAGUAGCAACUUAUUACCUGUAUAAAACAUAUGUUCAUCGCUUUAUUUUUGCUCUUGCUACAAUUAUCCCACUUCCAGGAGAGGAAUUAUUGAGGAGAGGUACUGGAACAUUGUGUGAACAUCUACUUAUGAAGGAAGCAUUUAAAAAGAAUAUAUUAUUCCCUAACAAAAAGAUAAAUGAAUCUAUGGAAUUUCAUGAAAAUAGACCUAUACUAAAUAGUACAUAUGUUGGGGGCACUGUAGAAGCUUUGUGUAGUGGUAUAUUUCGUUCUGAUAUCCCUGAAUUAUUUUGUCUAGAUACUGCAACAUUAGAUAUUUUAAUUAAGGAUUUAGAUUCAACUUUAAAAUUUGGGAUUGAAAAGGCAAACAAAAAAGUAGAAGACUGUACAAAUUAUCAAGAUGUGAAGGAUGAAAUUUUACAAAUAUUGACAAGUUUUAGGGAGAAUAAUAAACUUAGUGUUAAUCCACUUAUUUAUCAUUUAGAUAUUGCUGCAAUGUAUCCCAAUAUUAUUCUUACUAAUAGGUUACAACCAACUGCAAUUGUAUCAGAUGAUCAAUGUCGUAGAUGCACCUUCUAUUCAGAAGCUAAUAAAUGCCAAAGGAUUAUGAAUUGGAGAUGGAAAGGAGAUAUAUUCCCACUUUCAAAGGGAGAGAUGGAUAGAAUAAUUAAAUAUUUAAAAAUAGAAUCUUUUGAUGUGAAUUCAUAUAAGGUAAAAUAUGAUGAUGAUCAAAAUAGUGACAGUGAUCAUUCUAAUUAUGAAGAAAAGUCUGAAAAUCUUGAUAUAACUACUCCUGGAAAUAUGAACUCAAAUAAGGUAUCUAAUAAAUCUAAUGGUCAACGUUCUUGGGAUUCACUUACUGCUAGGCAGCAAUCUGAAAUUCUCAUUCAAAGACUAAAAAAAUAUUGUAGUAAGGUAUAUCGUCGGCAAACAAUUAGCAUUGAAGAAACUAGGUCUUCAAUAGUUUGUCAGCGUGAAAACUCGUUUUAUGUUGACACAGUUCGCUGUUUUAGAGAUCGUAGAUACAUUUACAAAGACAAGAAGAAAGAUGCUGAAGAGAAACUACGUCAAGCAGAAUUAAAAGAAGAUAUAAUAGCAAUAAAAAGUGCUCAAAAUGAAGAGUUACUCUAUGAAUCUUUGCAAUUGGCACACAAGUGUAUUUUAAAUUCAUUUUAUGGAUAUGUUAUGAGAAGAGGUAGUCGUUGGUUUUCAAUGGAAAUGGCUGCAAUAGUAACGUGGCUUGGUGGUAAUGUAAUUCGUGAAGCACGUGUUUUAGUUGAAAAUAUUGGAAAAGUUUUAGAAUUGGAUACUGAUGGUAUUUGGGCCAUUUUACCAAGGGGGUUCCCAGAUGAGAUAACUUUUAGAUUUAAAGAUGAGAGUAAAAAAAAAAUUCAUUAUGUGUGUACUCUUCUAAACCAUCAGGUACACAAAAAUUGGACAAAUGACCAGUAUCUAGAUUUUGAUCCAAUAAGUAAAAAGUAUAUUGCAAAGGUUGAGAAUUCUAUUUAUUUUGAAGUAGAUGGACCAUACAAAUGUUUCUUUAUACCGGCGUCUGAUAAGCAGGAUAAAUUAUUAAAAAAAAGAUAUGCUGUAUAUGGCUUUGAUAACAAGCUAAAAGAACUAAAAGGUUUUGAGUUAAAGCGUAGAGGUGAAUUGCAAUUAAUUAAGAUUUUGCAGGAGGAGAUAUUCCCUGCUUUUCUGCAUGGAAGUAGCAAGGAAGAAGCUUAUGAGUCAGUAGCUAAAACUACUUUGCGAUGGUUAAAUCUAAUAGAAACUAGAGGUAGUGGUAUUUUAGACGACGAACAGCUCUUUUAUUUGAUAUCUGAAACUAAAAAUAUGUCUAAAAGUGUGGAGCAAAUGGGAUCAGCUAAAUCAAUGGCAAUAACGACUGCUAGAAGACUAUUUCAAUUCCUUCAAAAUCCAUCAUAUCUGGUUGAUAAGAACGUGGCUUGUAAGUUCAUUGUAUCUGAAUAUCCAAAAGGGGAAGAUAAGAGUCAAAGAGCUAUUCCACUGUCAAUAUUUUCUGCUCCCUUAGAAAUAAGGGCAUAUUGGUUAUCUAAAUGGUUAAGGUUAACUAAAGUUCCUAUUCAAAAUAAGGAGGAUAAUAACGAAUUACAUGAUCAUGAAUCAAAAGAGCAACUAAAAGGCAAUAUUUCUAACAAUUCUGAAGAAAUUACAAUGAUCGGAAAUAAGAAACUUAAGGAGAGUAAUUGGGAUGUGAGAAAUAUAUUAGACUGGUCAUAUUAUAAAAAAAGAUUAAUUAAUACAAUUUUAAAGAUUGUGAUAAUUCCUGCUAUAUAUCAAGGAGUGAAUAAUCCACUUCCUAGCUUACCAUUACCAACUUGGAUUAAAAAUCAAGCUGAGCUCUCUGGGCCAAACCAACAGAAAAUUUCACAGUAUUUUAGUAUUAAAAAAGUAAAUUCAGAAAGUAUUAGUCAAGAGACAAAUUUAUCCAAACCUCAAUGUCAAAUAACAACUCAGGAAAAGAAUAUAGAUGAGGUUUGUAUAAAUAACAAUGAAAACUCUAAAAUUGAAAAGAGGAACUCAAAUUCAGAUAUGUUGGAAUUAGAAAAGGAGUUUGGCAAGGAAGUGAACUCAAAAAAUGUAAUUCAAGAAUUAGAGAAGACAUCACAUUCUAAUAAAGUCUUACACACAGGAACUUUGUCAAAAUCUGAACGCAGUAAACUUCUGCAGACAAAUUUUAAGGGCUGGUUAAGUUAUCAAACAAAAAGGUGGUUAUUGAAGUACGAAUCACUAAAACAAACUCAAGUUAAAAUUAAUAAAAAACUUGAAAAUAAAAUGGUUAAUACAAGUACUUUACAAUUUAAAAAUAAAUCAAAUCAAAUAAAUAAUAAAGAAGUUAUGUCUAGCUAUACAUUUUUAACAAAGGGGAAUUUGCAAAUAUUAGAUAUAUACCCUUUUAAUACUUCAGAUGGUAAUAAAUAUCAUGGUCAUUAUAAUAUUUUAUUAUACUCUGAAUCAUAUAGGAAAAUGUAUGUUGCUCCAUUUGAAUUUUCACGCAGAUUUUUAGUAGCUUCUUCAGUUCCAAUUAAGCUGGCAGAAGACACUAAAGAUAAACAAUUCAGCUGCAAAAAUAUUACCAGCGAAAAGGAACUUCCAAGAGGUGUAGCAUACAAUUAUCUAAUGGAAGUAGGGAUGUCUGAAAAUUUAUUCAUAGAAUCAAAGUCAUCAUUAAUAUGUGACUCAAAUACUAUUGGAAUAUAUGAGGCAAAUAUACCACUUGAAUUUACAAUUCUCGAGUCUUUAGGUAAUAUUAUUGAAAGUAAUACCCCUAAUCUUGCAAAUUGUGUUAAAGAAAAUGGAAUGAUCCGUGAUAAUAUAUGGAGAACUGAUUUCAACUCAUCUUCAAGGUAUUGUAAGAAUAUUAGUUGGAUUUCUUUAUCAAUAGUAAAUCUUGAUGAUAGAUUAUGCAUACUUCUAAGCGACUGGAAGACAAAAGACUGUUUCGUUUUUAUGGCAGGAGGACAACAAAUAGAAAAUUCAAAGCUACUAGGAGAAUUAUCUAAAGCAAUUAAGUCACUUGAUGUCAAUCUCAAUCCUAAGGAAACUUACUACUUUAAUAAUGCAAAAAUUGCAUUUAAUAACUUGAAUCUUUGUCUGAAUAAAAUUACUAAUACAAGAAGUGAUCCUUGUAUAUUGCUCAUUCACUCUACUUUGUCUAAAAAUGAAGUAUUAAAAUAUAAGGAGAAUUCAGAUUAUAAUAAUUGGCUGAAUUACAAUGGAAGAGAGAUACAAUGCGUCGAGAAAAUGACAGAAAAAGAAACUUUCAAUAUAAUCAGUGUCCCAUUUUUGACAGUAUGGUUAGAUACUCAUGAUGAUAGUGAUUCUAAAAUAUCGCGUUUUGACUGGCAUCAGCAAUCCAUUUUAAUUUGUUUAAAGAAGAUGAAUGAAUAUAUUAGUAAAACUUCAUUAAUAAUUGAAUUAUCAAAGGUACUUAAUGUACCAGUAUUGUAUAUUCUUUAUUAUCGUAUGGACCUUGCAUUCUUUAUAUUUGAUAUAAUAUAUUCUCGUUAUUUACACUCCAAAAACUUAGUUUCAUGGGCUUCUAAUGAUAUUUAUCCUGAUUUAGGACAUCCAAAACUUGUAUCAGCUGCUAAGAAUGAUUGGGAUUUGUUUAGAAUUGGUAGUGAUAUCUCAUCAAACAUAAACUCUGAGAAUGACUUUAUAGAGGUUGUAAAUCCUGGAAUUUACCGUAAUUAUGGUGCACAGCUUGAUUUCCAACAAUGGAUAUUGAUUGAAGCCGUUAGAAAUUGUAUAAUAUUGGCUGAAAUGUUUGACUGCAUAGAAUUUUCAAAUAUUAAGGAUGGAUAUUUACUGAGAAGUACAAGUAACAAGAAGCGCAGAAGUGAAUCUACUUAUAAUAAUAAUUUAACAGCAUUAGAAUAUUUUGGGAAAAAGGAGAAAUCUAGAAACUCAUCUAAUAAUUUUUUAAUUCAGCCUCUUCAUCAUCAUUCCUCUUUAUCAACUCCGAAAGCUUUUUUAUGUUUGAAGGAAACUCUUCAGUAUCUCAGAUAUAUUGUAGAAAAAUCAAUUAGCUCUCAAAAAAGUGAAGAAUCUAUUAUUAACACAAAUAAUAUUCUUUCUGAAUUUAUAAUUAAUGUACAGGAGCAAUUUUACAGGUGGUUAUGCUCUCCUCAGUCUUUAAUGUUUGAUCCGGCACUUGUGAGGAUGACAAAGUCCUAUAGCUCAAAGUUUUUCAAAAUCUUGCAAGAUGAGCUCAGUAAUAUAGAUAUUAAAAUUGUAUAUGGGAAUAUACGCCGAAUUGUUCUGACUACGAAUUUGAAUAGAAUUGAAGAUGAAUCGAGACAAUACUUCAAACAAAUGAUGGAACUAUUGAAUAAUAAGCCAUUAUUUUCUGGUUUGUCUUUAGUUCCCAUCGUUGAAUAUAAAGCUUUGCUACAGAUAGAUAAAAGUAACUAUUUUAGGAGGACAUUGGACCCUGAAAAUCCAUAUGAUAUUCAUCUAAGUAUACUCAAUUAUCUACCUAUUAAUACAAGGCAAUUUAUCCUAGAUGAGAUAUCUGACUUUUUAAUGUUACCAAUAAGAAAGACCCGUGAAAUAUAUCAAUUAAAUCCUCAAUGGAAUGACUCACAAAGACGUGAAUUUCUACUUAACAAAAUUUUAGAUUUAUAUGGUUCAUAUAGUGAAAAAAUACAACACAUCAAUGAGAUUUUACUAAAUCCAGCAUUAAUUAUUAGUAAAUAUGGAAUAAGAGAAUUCUUCGAUCCACUAGAGAAUAUUGACUAUGAAAAUUACGAAAGUAAUAAAGUUGUAAAGAAAAAUAAUCUACCAUUCAUUAUUCAUCCUGGUUACAAAAAUAGUUUGUUGAAUUAUUCGAAUAUGAAUAUUAAUAAUAAUGAAAGUAGUGGAGAUUUUAUCAAAGAAUAUAGCAUAAAUAAAAAUAUUUUUUCUUUUCCUAAUUUUAUUGGGCGUAAGGAUCUGAAUAAUUUGGCUAAUCUUAGAUUAGAUUUUGAGCUUGCUUAUCUAUUUUUGAAUAUAUUUGGUUUAGAUCAAUGCUUUGCACCUGAUGGGUGUCAUAGAAAAGAUUAUGAACACACACGCUAUAUAUUUUGCCAGACUGUAGGCAUUUCUGAAUUUCAUUCACGAAUUCAAGAUGUUUGGCAAGUACCAUUCAAUUCAUUUAUUAUAAAGGACCUUAUAUGUCCUAAUUGUCUUGGAAUUGAUGAUUUAGAUUUGAUUGGUAGUUUAACAUUGGAUGAGGAACUUGGAGUUAGAGAUCUAGACUUGGAUGGAUCAACCAGGAAAUUUAUAAGUUCACUUUACUGGAAAUGUAUAUAUUGUAAUAUACCUAUAGACACACAUAUAAUAGAAGAAAGGCUUAUAAUAGAAUUCUAUGAACGACUUGCUGCUAUACAAUCUCAAGAUGUCGUUUGCAAGCAAUGCAAAGCUGUAAAAGUUGGUAAAUUAUCAAAUAGUAUAUGCUCAUAUUGCAUGGGUGAAUUUACUACAAGACUAUUUAAUCUUGAAGAAUUCAAAGAUUUCUUUUCUAUUAUUAGAAGUAUAGCAGCAUAUUUUGAAAAACGAAAUGAGGAAAAACGAAGUACUAUUAACGAGUUUGAAGCUAUAAUACAAAUUUCAAAGCUUUAUGCAGAUUACAUAUUAUAG